AUGACCCUCAUCCCGUAUACCCGGACCGUGAGUGGUGACAGGUUCGCAACCAUUCUGAGGAUGGUGGCGAUAGUUACAUCAGAGGCCAUCAUUGCAAUCAGAACGUGGGCCAUCUGGUCGAAUAGCAAGAGGAUGUUCUGGAUUUUAUUGGCCAUUGCAACAGCUUGUGUGGUUCCCAGCAUUGUGGUUGUGGUUGAAGGAGUGAUAUCAAGCCGAGAUCUCACUUUGGUUCCUCAAUCGGACCAAUGGGAGAGCUGCACUACUGUCCUGAGCCAGAUCGGAAAUGUUUAUAUUGUCCCGUAUAGCAUGGCGAUUACUUUUGAGUCUGCAAAUCUGGUUAUAUCCCUCGUUCGUAUUUUGAGGUGGAGAAAAAUGCUUACAAGCAUUAGAAAAGUCUCAUUGAUCGAGACUCUUUACCGAGAUGGUAUAAUUUACUUCUCGUGGAUGAUCGUCCUCAGUGUAGUAAACAUCGUGAUUAUUGUCCAGACGGAGGUUACUCAGUUAAGAGUGGGCGGGGUUCAACUUCAAGCUGGCUUUCAUAGCAUAUUGGCCACGAGGAUGAUACUACACGUCGUAAGACACGGAUCGAGGGAUAUAGUCCAACCCAGACCUAAAGCUAUUCACAGGGAAGGGUUGGAUGAUUCCCCGAACUCUGCCACGCAGUUUACAUCUUGCUUUGGAGCCGAGGGGUCUCCGUCAUCGUAUCGAUGGAGUGGUUGUAUCUCGCCGGAUCUGCCUAGCAUAACUUCGAAUGCUCUAUGGAAGGACCCUUAA